UGGCGGACAGACGUGACGUCACCUCGUUUUUCCCCGCCUCUCGCUCUGAUUCGCCGCUCCCCCAGCGGGUGGGCGUGGCUUCCCCUGUUUGCUUCCGGUUUGGGCGGGGGCGGCAGCUGAGGGCCGCCAUGAGCCUGCAGUGGACGGCGGUGGCCACGUUCCUGUACGCGGAGGUGUUUUUGGUGCUGCUGCUCUGCGUCCCCUUCGUGUCCCCGGCCAGAUGGCAGAAGAUUUUCCGCUCCCGCCUGGUGGGGCUGGCCGUGUCCUACGGGAACUCCUUCUUCAUCGUGCUCAUCGUCAUCCUCGUGCUGCUGCUGCUCGAUGCCGUGAGGGAGACCCGUAGGUACAACGUGGGGGACAGGGAGGCUCUGGGCACCAGCCCGGCCGCGCUGGAGCAUUUCCACAUGAAACUCUUCCGCGCCCAGAGGAACCUGUACCUGGCUGGCUUCGCCCUGCUGCUCUCCUUCCUCCUGAGGCGCCUGGUGACGCUGAUCUCGGCCCAGGCUGCCCUGGGUGCCUCCCAGCAAGCCCCAAGCACCGAGGGCGCCACGCAGCAGCACCUGAGGACAAACGACCACAAAAAGCAACUGAAGGAGUCUGGGGGGGCCCCGUCCCAGCGCCGAGCCGAGACCCCAAGCCAAGGUGGAGUAGCGAAGGAGCUCAAGGCCGGGGGGUGUGGGGAGCUGGAGCUCAGCAAGAAGGCCCUGGAGAAGGCCGAGAGCGAGGUGCAGGCCAUGAGGCGCCAGGCCCAGGGCCUGACCCGCGAGUACGAUCGGCUGCUGGAGGAGCACGCCAGGCUGCAGGCCGCCCACGACGGACCCCGGGACAAGAAGGAGGAGUGAGGGGCGGGGCCACGCAAGGGCACGCCCACAACAGCUACAGACCACGCCCACAACGGUUCUAACAUCUGCCCUUAGGACCAGGCCACGCCCCCCAACCUCUCCCGGACCAAGCCCCGCCCCCGUGACAAGGCCACGCCUCCAACACCAUUUUUGGGGGGCGUUCUGGCGUCAUUUUUGGGACCUUCCACCCUUUUUUUGGGGUCCAAAUCUCAUUUUUUGAGGGGUCCAAGCCUCGUUUUGGGGAGGCUGAACCCCCCCCCCUUGUUCUCCCCUCUUCCCAGGGGGUUUUUUGGGGGGCAAUGGGGACCCCUCCCCUUUUUUCGGCUUCAAUAAAAUCACCUCGGGUUGGGACUUGGUUGGUUUUGGGGCCCUAAAUUCCCCCCUGGGACCCCCAAAUUUCCUCCCUAAGACCCCAAAUUGCAUCUUGGGACAUCCCAGAUUCUCCCUGGGACCCCCAAAAUCCCUCAGAGACCCCAAAAUCCCCCAGAGACCCCCGA